UCAGGAUACUUACGUCCUCUCUGAAGAGUGGAGUAUCUGCACUCGCUGUUAAGUUUCUCAAAGCAACGAUACACUGCAUCAGAACCAUGCCUGUGUCAAGAAUGCGAAUGCGACCCUGGCUGGAGGAUAGGAUUGAGUCCAGAUCCAUCUCUGGCCUGGUGUGGGUGGACAAGGAGAAGAAGAUGUUCUCGAUCCCCUGGAAGCAUGCGGCUCGUCACGGCUGGGAGAUGGACAAGGAUGCCAGCCUCUUCAUGCAGUGGGCCAUCCACACAGGAAAAUACAAGCCGGGACAAAGUGAACCAGACCCAAAAACAUGGAAAGCCAACUUUCGCUGUGCAAUGAACUCCCUCCCGGACAUUGAGGAAGUAAAAGACCGAAGUAUCAACAAAGGCUGUGCGGCAGUGCGUGUGUACAGAAUGCUGCAGAUUAACUCAAAGAAAAGAGAUAAGAAGUCAAGGAUAAGGGAGAUCAAACGCAAGAGCAAGGGUGCUGCUUCAAAGGUCAAGGUGGAAGAUCACGACUACAAUAAUGCAGCAGACCACAGCACCAGUGCAAGCAUGGGUGAGGAAUCCACACAGGAGAACACAGUGGAUAGCACUGAUAGGCCAGACCUCACAACAUCUCCAUAUGGAAAUGGGGAAGAGGCACCGGAGUGGUCUACCUCUAUGGAUAUACCUGACAGUACCAAUGAAAUCUACUCAAACUUCCAAGUGUCACCGAUUCACUCAACAGAUUUUGAAGAUGCAGAUGCAGCUAUCAUCGAGAUGGCACAACAGCUGGAGCAAGAUCAGUCGCAGUGGCAGCAAAGCAAUAUAAUCCUAAGCAAUGAAGUUGGCACAGAAUCUUACCACAGUCCGCAAAGUGAGUGGAGUGAUAACUCAGUUUCAGGAGAGGAAAUCGAGCUCAAGCUCUACACUGAACUGGGGAGAACCACAGAUCUUUUGAAUUUCCUUGAUCCUUGGAACAACAGUACUUUCAAUAGUUCACAAAUGUGCACCCUCUCCCUCUGAGUCCCCUAGCCUGAACAUCUGUAUAUACGUCUGUCACAAUACUCCUUUCUACUGACUCUGGGAAAUACAAACCUGCUGUGGAUGGCCGAACAUUCUACCCCAUGUUUGAGUACUGUAUAACAUGGUGUAUGGAAAACGGGAAGGCACACCUAAAUGUGAAUGACUGCAAAGCUACUGUACCUGGUUUUGUUCUUCAUCGAUAUUCCUUCCAUUGUCAAAUUCAUGCCUUUUAAACUGCUAGGAUAUGCCUGUGAAGUGAAGGUCUGUGUGCUUGUGUGUGUGUGUGUGUGUGUGUGUGUGCAUGUGUGUAUGAUACUCUUUGUGAUGUUGUUCAGAACCUGCCAGACAUUCUUUUUUAUAUUCUUCAUAUUUUUUUGCAUGAAGACACUUUACCACCACAGACAUUUAGGUGAAUCCCUCGUGUAAGCAUUCUGAUGCAAUCAAACUGGCAUAUAGGAAAGGGUGGGAAAAUAAGCAAUUUGAUUCUAAUUUGUUGCAUUACUCAUAAAGACAAACUAUAUUCCGUUACAUAUAACUUUUGCGGGUAUGUUGUGUGUUUAUUUGAAUAU